AUGUCGAAACCCCAGGACCGUCACCAUGAUCACGCCAACGGCCAGCACCACGAGAUUCCCAAAGCCCAUCUCAGCACCAUGGGUGGACACCUUGUUGCCGCCUCCGGCGAGUUCGUCGGCACCUUUUUCUUCCUUUACUUUGCGUACGCCGGAAACAUCAUGGUGAUCAAGCAGGGAACAGCCUCGGCCGGUGAUGGCACACUCAGUAGCGAGGGCGUAGUUUUCAUCGCUCUGUCGUACGGUCUCUCUCUGCUCGUCAACGUCUGGACGUUUUACCGUAUCAGCGGCGGUCUCUUCAAUCCCGCGGUGACUCUCGGCCUUUCUCUCGGCGGUCAAUUGCCUUGGAUGCGGUCCGCUUUCCUCGUGCCGGCUCAGAUGCUGGCCGCGAUGUGCGCUGGCGGACUGGUCGAAGCCAUGUUUCCAGGCCAAGUCUCUCAGGCAAAUUCGCUGCUUGGAAUUGGGACGUCUGUCGCUCAGGGACUGUUCCUCGAAAUGUUCUUCACCGCGCAACUCGUCAUCGUUGUUUUCAUGCUGGCCGCCGAGAAGUCUCGUGAUACGUUCCUCGCACCAAUCGGCAUUGGCCUGGCUUUGUUCAUGAUUCUCAUCCCAGGUGUCUGGGUUACUGGCGGUUCCUUGAACCCCGCCCGCAGCUUUGGAUGCGCCGUUGCAGGCAGGGCAUUCCCCAACUACCACUGGAUCUAUUGGCUCGGGCCAUGCAUGGGAGCCGCUCUGGCAGCUGCGUAUUACCGGUUCGUCAAAUGGGCUCACUAUGAGGAGGCCAAUCCUGGCCAGGAUCUACCAGCAGACCCGAAAGAUCUAGCUGCGGCUCACCCGGGAAAUCAUGGACUACCUCAUAGCUUGAUACCCCAUCGUCACGAGGUCUGA